AUGCGCAGGGGUCACCGCGUUAUGACGGUGGCGCCCCGCUACUCUGGUUACGUUGACGCAUGGGACACGGGCGUGCGUGUGCCAGUGCAGCUGCCGCGGGCUGCAGCGCCCGCCCAUGCGGCUGCAGCUGCCAGCGCCGGCGGCGGCGGCGGCGGCGGCGGCGGCGCAACCAGCAGUGGCACAGCGAGCAGCACCGGCAGCGGCGGCGGCGCGGGCAGCGGCAGCGCAGCGGGCGACGGCGGCGCCGCGCCGCAGCGGCGGACGCCGCAGGAGGUGUAUGGCGGCGGGCCGACGCCCGGCAUUGCGCCGCCGCCGCCCCAACCCCCUCCGCCGCCGCCGCCCCGCGUCGACUAUGCGUCAUACCACGUGGCCUCCAGCAGCGACGGCGUCGUGCGGGUGUUUGUCGACCACGAGCUCUUUGGGGCGGAGCCCUAUUCCACAGAGGGCGCCUCCAGCGGGGCGCUCGGCCCCUACCGCGCGCCGACGACGUACCAGCAAGGGGGCGGCGCGGCCGGCGGCGCGGGCGGCGCCGAGGGCGACCCGCUGUCCGCGUCGUACAGCGUGCUGUGCCAGGCGGCGAUCGCGGCGCCGGUGCUCUUCUGGCGGCGCGGCGGCGGCGCCGGCGCGGGCGGCGGCAGGGGCGGCGGCGACGCGGGCGCCGGCAGGGGUGACCUGCUGACGAGCUUGUCGGGCGGCCGCGCGCCGUGGGAGGUCGCGCAGCGGCUGGCGCAGUCCGCAUCGCUCCCCCGCGCCGUCAGCAACGGCAUCGCGCGGCCCGUGUUCUCGCGCCCCGCGCCGUUCGACACCAGCGCGGCCGGCGGCGGCAGCAGGGCGCCCCGCGCGGCCGCGGCGGGGGACGACGCGCCCGUGGUGUUUGUCGGGAAUGAUUGGCCAUGUGGCGUGCUGCCGCUGUGGCUGGAGACGUACCGCCAGGCUGCGGCCGCGGGGGGCGGCGCCAGCGCGCGGCAGUCGGCCAUGAUUGCCUCCCUCGUGUCUGCCCUUGCGGGUGCGGGCACCGGGGGCGGCAGCAGCGGCAGCGGAAGCGGCGACGGCGGCGGCGGCGCGGCUGCGUUUGGGCCGGCGGCCGCGGAGCUUUCGGGGGAGGGCGGCGCCUGGGCCGGCGACGGGGCGUGGUUUGGCCGCCGCGAGGCGGCGCGCGAGGCGGAAGGGGCCUUGGUGGCGCGGCUGCUCGCAUCACUGGCACGCAGCGGCGGCGGCCUGGCUGGCACUGGCGGCGGCGCGGGCGAGGGGGCGUGGUGGGCGCGCGGCGACGAUGCGGGGGGCAAUGGCGUCUCAGCAUUGGCCCAACUGCUCGCAUCGCUGGCGCGCAGCAGCAGCGGCCUUGCCAGCACUGGGAGCAGUGGCUUGGGUGGUUCUGGGGAGUCGUGGUGGGCUCGCGGCGAGCAGGCGCGCGGACAAGACCUCUCAGCAUUGGCGCAAGUGCUGGCGUUGCUGGCGCGCGGCAGCAGCGGCCUUGCCGGCACCGGCAGCAGCAGUCUGGGUGGCGCGGAGGAGGGGGCGUGGUGGGCGCGCGGCGACGAUGCACAUGGGCAAGACGUGUCAGCACUGGCCCAAGUGCUGGCGUCGCUGGCGCGCACUGGCGGCGGCCUGGCAGGCAUUGGCAGCAGCGGCUUGGGUGGCGUGGGCGAGGGGGCGUGGUGGGCGCGCGGCGACGAUGCGCCCGCUCAAGACGUGUCAGCGCUGGUGCAACUGCUGGCGUCGCUGGCGCGCAGCGGCGGCGGCCCCGCCGGCACCGGCAGCAGCGGUGGUGGAGGGGAGCAGUCAUGGUGGACGCAAGGCGACCAGGCGCGUGGGCAAGACGUGUCAGCGCUGGCGCAAGUGCUGGCGUCGCUGUCGCGCAGCGGCGGCAGCCUUUCUGGCACCGGCAGCAGCAGUCUGGGUGGCGCGGACGAGGGGGCAUGGUGGGCACAGGGCGACCAGGCACGUGGGCAGGACGUGUCUCCACUGGCGCAAGUGCUUGCGUCGCUGGCGCGCGGCGGCGGCGGCCCCGCCGGCACAGUUGGCGGCGGCUCGGACAUCGCAGGAGAGGGACCGUGGUCAGCUCUGGGCGAAGGGGCGAGCGCACGGGGCGCAUCGUGGCUGGCGCGGGCGCUCGCGUCGCAGGCGGCUGGCAGCGGCGGCCUCACCGGCACAGACGGCGGCAGCGAAGGGCCGGAGCCGCGCGCCGCAGGAUCGGGCGCACUGGCGCAGCUGAUUGUUUCGCUGGCGCGCAGCGGCGGCCGCCUCGGCGGCGACGGCGACGGCGGCGCCGACGACGGCAGCAGCGGCAGCGGCAACGAGGGGCCCGAGGCGCGCGGCGAGGGCGCGGCUGUGGUCGCGCAGCUGCUCGCGUCGCUGGCGCAAAGCAGCGGCGGCGGCGGCCCCGACGCCUCGAGCGGCGCCGGUUACCAAGGCAACAGCAGCGGCCAGGGCGGCGGUCUCGACGCGCUCGGUAAUGGGCUCGCCCAGUUGCGCAGCGGAGACAUGGCCGCGCUGGCGCAGGUGAUCGCGUCCCUGUCGCAGGCAAGCGGCGGCUUUUCUGGUAGCAACGGCGGCAGUGGCGGCGGCGGCGAGCAGCAGCCGCCGCCGAGCGCGCUGGCGGCGCUGCUCUCGGCGCUCUCCGGUGGCGCGAGGCCCUCCUCGCCCUUCCCCGCACCCACGCCCGGCGGCGCGCCGCCCGGCGCCGCGGCCGCGCCGGAGGGCGCGCUUCUGUCGGCGCUCCUGUCCACUGUGCUCAAAGACGGCGCGUCCCUCGCCGACGGCCUGGGCGGCGGCACCUGGGACGACGACUCGUAUCUCGGGGAGGAUGACUACGACGACUACGGCGCGGGCACCGACGACGAGAACGCCGCCGCCGCGCGCGGCUGGGAGGGCGGCGCGGCGGAGUAUGCGGCGGAGGUGGAGCGGCUGAAGGACCAAGUGGCGGCGUGGGACGCGCGGUGGCAGGCGCUGCAGCGCGAGCUGCGCGCCCUCCGCGCGCGCCGCGCGGCCGCCUUGGGCGCUGCCGCGGCCCUGAGCGAGGCGGAGGGGUCGGACAACGAGGGGCCGCCGGGCGGCGAGGCCGCCGCGGGCGCGGCGGAGGAGGGCGGGCCGGCGGCGGCGCUGGCGGAGGUGCAGCAGCAGCUGGAGGCGCUGCUGUUGGAGGAGCGCCUGCUGGGCCGCGUCGCGGACGAGCUGCGCGCCGCGCUCAUGGCCAAGGACAGCCAGAUCCAGCAGCAGCGGCAGCAGGAGCAGCAGCAGGAGGAGCAGGGGGAUGAGGAGGAUGCAGAGGAGGGGGAGGAGGAGGGGCGCGCGGCGCCGGAGGACGACCCGGCGCGCCAGCUCAGCGCGCUGCAGCAGCUGCUGGGCGACGAGCUGUCGCGUGACAAGGCCAAGGUCGCGUUUGCGGUCCACAACGGCGGCGUCGACGGCCGCUUCGGCGGCGGCGACGGCGGCGACGGCGACGGUGGGGCCGCUGCUGCCGCGCAGGCGGAGGUGGAGCGGCUCGGCGUGGCCGCGGGCGCGGCGGCGGCGCUUUCCGGCGCGGCGCGCGCGAUCGGGGACGGGCUGCGGCGGCUGGCGUCGUUUGAGAGGACAGCGGUGAUGAUGAUGACGGCGGCGGCGACAACGGCAGCGGCGGUGGAGCUGGCACUGGCGGGCGCCGCCCGCCGGGCACGCCCGGCGGCGGGGGGCCGCGCGGGCUAUUCAGCUGGCUGGCUGCCGGGCUGUCGGCGGCCGACGCGGUGA